AUGCAUCUCACCAAGCCGGCUCUUGUCGUUGCUUCCUUCUUAUGGGCUACCACUUUUGCCUCUCCCAUUGACUCUUCAGCCAUACUCAGAACUAGAGGACUCAUCGGUGGCUCCACAACUGAUGAUAGUACAAAAAAUACUGCAGGAAGUACCACUGCCAACAACGCUGUAGGAAAUGACAAUACGAAAAAUGCUUCAGAAAGUAACGCUGUCGAGGAUGCUGUAGGAAGUCUCAAUUUAGAAGAUAUUACAGGAGGUCUUAGUGCCCGCGAUGUUGAGGGGCUUCAUCGUGGCCACAAGAGUCAAGAAGGCGAGAUUAUCGACGAUGCACUUAACAUUGCCGACGAUGCUACACCUGGUGGUUUCAUUGACCGUACUACAAGGCGUGGUGUUGUCGGCGAUGAUGCGGGAGGUCUUACUGCCCGCAAUGUCUUGAGGCGUCAUCAUGGCCACAAGAAUGAAGGAAAUGGUGUUCUCGACGGUGCAGCUGAUAUUGCCAACGAAGCUACAGGAGGCGGUGAUACGGACGACGCUGCAGGAGGUAUCAUUGGCGGCGUUGAAAGGCGUGAUGAUAUCAGCGAUCAACCGCCACACGCUGACAUAGCGUCCUUGAUUUUUCUGAACACUCCUAAAUCAGGUACUGACAGUAGUACCACCGACACUAUGAAGCGUUUCGUUGUCCGCGAUAAUGACGGCGCUGUACACGAUGCCAAUCAAGCCGUACACGAAGCAAAUCAAGCCGUACAUGAUGCCAAUAAAGCUGUACACCAGGCCAACGAGGUUGUACAUAAUACCCUGCAUGGGUUGCUCCACGGAAUCCUACGCUGA